AAGACAAUACUGAGCUAGAUAGACCAAGGGUCUGACCCGGUAUCUGGCAACUUCCUAUGUUCCUACCACCUGCAUGUUGAGGAGGGCUUUGGACUUGUAUUGUGGAGGUGUGUCCCUUUCUCUUUGCCUGGAUAUUUUUCUUCUAAUUUGUAUGCUUCUUUGGGGUUUACCACAGGCCAAGGAAGGUAGGGGAUUGAUGUUUCUAAAAUAAAUACAAACAUUAAAAGUGUAUUGACAGACCGUAUCUUGAGGCCCAUGACAAAUUACGAGAACCCCCAGGUCUACAAUAAUAUGGCAAGACAGUUCAUGGUUUCUGAAAUAACUAUUAUUCAGUACAGUAAGUGAGCUUUCUGAAUACACAGAACUCUUCUGCAGCCUAUGUCACUUCGAAGCUUGUGCUGUGAACAAGUGCCCUAAUAAAGAGAUUAUUUUGUCUCCCAACAAAUGAAGUAGUUUACCAUGCGGUAGCCUAUCCCCUUGCAAGGGUCAAAAUCCAGAUGUGGGAUCUGCAUUCCUUUAUGACUCCGACUCAGGGAUGUUUUGUGCUUGUCCCCCUUUCCUAACUUGACUUUUAAAAAUCCAUGAUUUUUAGUAGAUUGUUUUUAGGUAGCAUGGAGGGCCUGGGAGAUGAUUAAUCACCUGCUUUUCAACCCACCUGUCCAGGUGGGUAGGACUACAAUGCCCAUCAUUCUCGGCCACAGUGGCCAGCCAUUGUGUUUGCAGAUGAUGGGAACCGUAGAGUCCUCCUGGGUCUGCUGAGCCAAUUCAACGUCAUCUGGGGACUGAAGCUUGAGAACCCCUGGACUAACUCUCCUUAAUUGUCUUUUCCUUCCCUAUUACAGUGAAUCACCAGCAUCAAAUAGACUAAAACAUAAACAAGUAUGCUUUCAGCCUGCAUCGAUCAAUUCACUAAAGUUUGAUCCAAUUAAAACCUACAGCCCUCGUUUUUAACUAAUAAAUGCAAUGAUUGUGACGAUAAAAACGCCAUGCAAGUUUGACUCGUUUGUGUGUUCGGCAACACACCGCUGGUUGCCAAGAUCUCCCUGGGCAACAGGGAACUGUUGUCUUAUGGGAUGUCGCCGAUGCAGCUCAUUGGCUGGAAGCAUCGCCAGGGCAACAGGAGGACUCAAAACUCCAGCAGCAGUUCGGAUUUUCCGGGCAGCCUGAAUCUGCUUUGCUCAUUGUCCAGGGAGGUUACCCGUAGCAACGGGGCAGGUUUUCUUGCAGGUGUGAGCCGGGAACUUUCCUGGUUGCAGUGCUGGGUGGGGAGGAGUCCGCUUCGGGAGCUCGCUCGAAUCGGGGAGCCGAACCAUGGCGCAGACCGGUGUGCUUCUCACCAAGGAGCCAGCUCCACAAACCAUCCCGGUCUGCGAGCUGCCGAUGAAAGUCUACGAAGCGGCUCUGAAUACCGGCCCCGAUUCCUCCUGCGGCUUGGCUACCGCCGGCUUCCGCACAGCCAAAUACCUGCCGGAGGAAUGGCAUCAGCACAACUACGCUCAGUACCACGAGGCCUUUGCCGACCGCGACCACUCCGAGCGAUGCCGCCACGAGUCGCAGAACCUGGCGGCGUACACGGCCGAAUUGUCUCAGCGGACCCAGGAGGACUCCACGGCCAAGGUGGGCGAGCGCCUCCAGGACAUCCAUUUCUGGAAGUCUGAACUCCAGCGGGAGAUUGAGGACCUCACGGCCGAGACGGACCUGCUGGCCGCCCAGAAGCUGAGGCUGGAGCGGGCCCUCGACGCCACCGAGAUCCCCUACAGCAUUGCCACGGACAACCUGCAGUGCCGUGAGCGCCGACAGCCGCCCGAUCUGGUGCGGGACCAGGUGGAGGCCGAGCUGCUCAAGGAAGCAGAGCUCAUCAGAAACAUCCAAGAACUCCUGAAAAGGACUCUGAAGCAAGCUGUUAACCAAAUUCAGUUAAACCGAGAUCAGAAGCAGAUCCUCGAAAUGGAUUGGUCUGAUAAGGUUGAGACGUACAACAUCGAUGAGAAAUGUGGCAGGUACAAUAACCAGAGUACCAACAUCCAGUUCCAUCCAAGCUCAGCCAAGUUUGAGGACAGUGCUUCCACACCAGAAACGUGGGCCAAGCACAGCCACGACAACAUCUACCGGGCAGAGCGAGAGCGGCUAGCGUCCAUCAACCUCCGUGCCCUGAUCGACAACAUCCUCCACGACACGUCCGAGGAUCUGCGCAUGCAGUGCGACGUGGUUAACGAGGCCUUUGCCAAGCGCUGUGAGGAGAUGGAGGAUGCCAAGCAGAAGCUGGAGCACCACUUGAGGAAAACGCUGAAAGAGAUCGGGGACCAAGAGUACAACAUUGCCGCUCUGAAGCAAGCCAUCAUAGACAAAGAGACGCCCCUCAAAGUGGCUCAGACGAGGCUGUAUGACCGUUCCUUCCGGCCCAACGUUGAUCUCUGUAGGGAUGCUGCCCAGUUCAGGCUGAUCAGUGAAGUCGAGGAGCUGACAGCAUCGAUCGCGGCUCUCAAGAAGCAGCUUCUGGAAGCGGAGCAGUCCCUGAGAAACCUGGAGGACUCGCGGAUGAGUCUGGAGAAGGAGAUUGCGGUCAAGGCAAACAGCCUCUUCAUCGACCGGCAGAAAUGCAUGGCUCACCGCGCCCGAUACCCCACCGUGCUUAAAAUAGCAGGCUACCAGUAGCAAUGCUGCCCGGCCCAUGAGCAGCAGGUGAGCUGCAGAGAGUUAUUCGGAAAUGCGGAAUGCACUUACUUAGGACUAUAAGCUCUCCACCCCACCCACCCACCCCAGUUUAUUUAGGUUUAAAUUAAAUGCAGACAUAUUCGACA